UAUUUGCAGUACACACCACCACCACCAGCACCAGCACCAGCACCAGCCGGCCGGCCAUCAUUGCCAUCAUCAUCAUCAUCAUCAUCAUCUGAGUGCGAUUCUAGAGCAGGCUCCAGACCAGGCAGCCUUAGACGACAUUUUCCGAUACGCCAAAGUCAAUUAGAACAGUCGCCACCACGACGUCGCCGCCGAAAGCUUACUUGUUGUCAGCCGAGCACUUGGACGACGCCAGCGCCGACGAUCGCGGGCGUGUCUACAAGCUGAGGAAGAAGAAAUAUCCCAGCGGGCCUCACAUCACAUAGAUACGACACAGGAGAUUUGUGGCGGAGCGGAGCGGAGCAGUGGAGUGGAGUGGAGUGGAGUGGAGCAGUGCGAAGAGAGAGUGGAAGUGGAAGUGAGCGAGAGAGAGAGAGAGAGCGAGAGCGAGAGGAGAGGAAGAGAGCUCUGCCAAGAUGCCGGUGCAGUCCCCAAUUGAGAUCAGCAAUCGGGCCAUCGCGCAUAUCGAUGAUGUGGAUCCCCUCGAAUACCAUGGCCAUUGGGAGCCGGUGGGUGUGGCCCGUGUCCAAAAUACGGGCACCUCGGCCAUGGUGACCUUUAGCAAGCGAAAACAGCAGCCGUAUAUCAUUGGCGGGGCCCUGGACACGAAUAAAUAUGUGUUCGAGCAGUUGCACUUCCAUUGGUCCGACUGUGACGAGUCCGGCUGCGAGCACACACUGGAGGGCAUCAAGUACUCAAUGGAAGCGCAUGCCGUCCACUACAAUGCCAAGUACAAGGACUUUACCGAUGCCAAGAACAAGCCGGAUGGCCUCGCUGUGGUGGCCUUCUUCAUACAGGCAUGCGGCGAAAAGGAUUGUCCCGAAUUCAAAAAGAUCACCGAGGGCAUACGCAUUGUCCAAAAGAUAAGCACGAGCGCAUCGCUGGAUUCCGAUUGCCUAUCGUGGAUUGGUCUGCAGGAGCUGAGCAAACACUAUUACACAUACAAGGGCUCGCUGACAACGGCGCCGUACUUUGAGAGCGUCACAUGGAUUAUCUACCGCACACCGAUCUAUGUGUCGCGGGGUCAGGUGAGCGUGUUUCGCAAUUUGCAAUCGUGUCCCAAAGAUGAAUCCAAAAAGAUAGUCAACAAUUAUCGCGAGAUUCAGCGACCGCACAAGGAUCCAGAGAUCUUCUUUGCCCGCAACACAAACCUAAAAUCAAAAUUAUGAUGUGCUUGCUGUGUGGCCCGAUCACAAUGUUGGGGCUCGGCUCGGCUCUCGAGCGAUCGAUCCGUAGUACUCUUCGUCAUGCGUCACACAUUGCCAAAACCGAUAAAAAAAACAGAAGAAAAAAAACCAAAACCAAAACCGAAACGGAAACGGAUUCUCUUUUCUGUUCUGUUCUGUUUUGUUUUGUUUGUUUUUUUUUUUGUUUGUUCUGUUCUUUCACACCACAACCCGAACCGGGUCAUUCCUUUUGUGAAUCGUAAUUAAACUUCAACUAUAUUUUAUAUAUAUCUAUAUAUAUAUGUAAAUCGAUCGAUUGGUUGUCGUCUGUAAGCUGCUAUAUAUACAUAUAUAUGUAUUUUUUUUUUCUGUUUUGAUUGUUAUUUUGCCUCAUUUGUACAUAGCGUUAUAUAAAAAUAGUGGAUAUAUAUACAUAUAUGUAUAUGUAUAUGUAUAUAUAUAUAUAUAUAAUAUGUAUCAAGUAAUUACGUUACGAUUUACGAUCAUUAUAGUCGGAACACGCGGUUGCCUUGCAUUAGAUAUUUCAGAGAAAUAUUUAUAACACACACACAUACACACACAAACACACACCACACACACACACA